AUGCUACAAACAAUGCAAAAAGAAAUUUUUGGUGCUAGACUAUCAGCCAAAUAUUUAGACAAAGAAUUGGCUGGUCGGAUUCAACAAAUUCAACUACUGGGUAGAAAUAUGAAAGGCGCUGAACAUGAUCGUUUAUGGAAUCAAUUGGAAGCUGAAAUUCAUUUACAUAGGCAUAAAACUGUUAUUCGGGCAUGCAGAUUAUGGAAUCAAUGUACCAUCAUCGUUAACGAAGGCGAUAAGAACGGUCAACAGCAGAUAUUUUACAACUGUUACCAUUUUAGGGGUCGUGGAAACACCAAAAAUCUGUCUUUUCCACCAAUAGCCAACUAUUUUGAUCUGAGGAAAAAACGUGGUAUUGGUGAAACCAGAACUGUUAAACUUCAAAAAGAAUCUUACGAAGGUCUUGGAAUUUCAAUUACGGGUGGUCGAGAACACGGAGUACCAAUAAUAAUAUCAGAGAUACAUAAAGGGCAACCGGCUGAACGAUGUGGAGAACUCUAUGUUGGCGAUGCUAUUCUAUCCGUCAACGGUAUUAAUCUUCGUAAUGCAAAACAUUCUGAUGCUGUAGAAAUUCUUUCUGGACAAGAAAACGAACUAAUUAUGGAAGUUGUAUUUGUUAUGCCAGAUCAAGACAGCGACGAUGAAGGUGCUGUUGUAAUUGAGGCUUUAGAUGGUUCAACAUUUAACAUGUAUGAACCGUUGGAAGAACAGGAAUCAAAUAUUAACGAAUCGUUGAACAGUAACUGUUCGUCAUCGGCGUCGCAUCAUACGGAAUCGUCGAACAGUAUCACCGAAGAAACGGAGGCAAACGCAACGAAUGCACUGCUCGAACGGAUUAUUUAA